AUGCAGAGUGAAAUGGCAGCCAUCGGCGUGUCGGGCUUCCUGCUGCACUGGUGGGGACGGCGCACCGUGCUCAUCGGCUCGGCUGUGCUGACCGGCCUCGGGCAGCUGACCGCGGCAGCCCAUUUCCAUUUCGAGGCAGCGCUGGGCGGCCACACCUGGCUCGUGAUGGUCGGCAUCAUCGUCGCCAACGCCGCGAGCCUUGGCGGCAUCUCCCAGCUUUCGCAUCUGUAUAUGGGAGAAACCCUCCCGGUGUCCGUGCGACAGAUGGUCGGCUGCGUCAUCUCCCUAGAAUUAGGCGCAUGUACCAUGGCCUUCAUCCACCUGUUCCCGGUGCUGCGCGAGGCGCUGGGUUUGUCGGGCCUGUUCGCCGCCCUGGCCGGCGUGAACGUGGCGGCGGCGGUCGUCAUGUCCAUGACGCCCACCAUCUACGGCGCCACGCUCAGCUUCGCCGCCCACUUGCUGGCCGAGUCGCAGUCAUCUGACGCCACCGCUCAGCUGACGCUGCGCGACGCCACCAUGGUGGCGGCCAUCUCUAACCUCGGCAGGAUGUUCGCGUGCGUAGCUUCUGCCUCGCUGACGGACAGGCUGGGCGUGCUGCGCGUGAUCCAACUGAGCGUGCCGUUCAACCUGCUGGCCUGGCCGCUGAUGACGCUCGGGGGGCGAAACAUGAUGAUCGCCGGCGCCAUGAUAGCUGGCGGGAUCGUCGGCCUCAGUGGCCUCACGGGACGGCUCUACAUCGCUGAGGUCCAUCUAAUCUUCACCGACUGGGACGUCGCCAAGCCGUGCCUGCUCAUGUUCGUCCAGUUCUUCUUCGAGACCUUCUGCGGCGGCGUGGUGCUCAACCAGUACGCGCUCUCCGUCUUCCAAAUGGCAGCAAUGUCACUGACCCCAAGCCAAUGCGCGCAAGUGCUCGCCGUACUACAGAUGGCAGCCAUCGGCGUGUCAGGCUUCCUGCUGCACUGGUGGGGACGGCGCACCGUGCUCAUCGGUUCGGCCGUGCUGACCGGCCUCGGGCAGCUGACCGCGGCAGCCUAUUUCCACUUCGAGGCAGCACUGAGCGCGCACACCUGGCUAGUGAUGGUCGGCAUCAUCGUUGCAAACGCCGCCAGUAUGGGCGGCAUCUCCCAGCUCUCGCACCUGUAUCUGGGCGAGACUCUCCCCGUCUCGGUGCGGCAGAUGUACGGCAGCGCCAUCUCUCUCUACAUGGGCGCGCUCAGCAUGGCCUUCAUCCACCUGUUCCCGGUGCUCAAAGGGACCCUGAGUCUGUCGGGCCUGUUCGCCGCCUUGGCCGGCGUGAACGUGCUGCAGGUGGUGUUUGCCCGCUGCCUGCUGCCCGAGACACGGGGGCUGACUCUGGAGCAGGUGCAGUUCAAACACUUCAGCACCAAGCGGCGCGAAGAGGAGCCGGCAGAAGCGACGGCAGCGGCAGCCGCGGCGAAAGAGGCCCAAGAGCGGCCAGAGGAGGAGGUGGACGCGAACAAGGCGCGCCCGGACAGCGAGGAGGAGCAGCUCGAGAAUGGCACGGUGGGAUGCGAAACAAGCAAAGGGAAAGAGACAGACACCGAUAGGACAACGCCUGACACCGAGGUGAUAACGACUGACACCGAACGGGAGGCGCCUGACACCGAGGUGAUAACGACUGACACCGAACGGACGGCGCCUGACACCGAGGUGAUACCGACUGACACAGAACGGGCGGCGCCUGACACCAAGGUGGUAGCGCUUGACACUCAGAUGGCGACGCUUGACACCAAGGUGGCAACGGCUGAAAACAAGCAGGCGGCGCCUGAUACCGAGGUGAUAACGGCUGACACCGAGCGGGUGACGGUCCAGCCAGCGGCGUGA